CUAUAUAUAUAUAUUGGUUAAAGCUAGCUAGGGUUCUCUUCCCCUUAUUCCUCUGAUCUCUAGCUUUUAUAGCAUAUAAUUAUCCUUAUUAAUAACUUGAUUUUAUAAUUAAACAGAUCACAGUAACUAUACUGAUCUUGAAAAUAAUACCAGGGAUGAGUAGAGGAGGAAGCUACGGCGGUGGACAGAGUUCGUUGGGCUAUCUUUUUAGCUCAUCAGAGGAACAGCCAAGUGGCAGUGCACCUCCGCCGCCGCCACCGCCAGUUGAGCCACCGUAUGGCAUCGAAACCAGCAGCUUGGAGAAGCCUCCGGCGAGUCGCAAAAGUCGCACCACCACUGAUUCUGCCGAGAAGGAAAAGAUCUCUAACAACUAUCACCGAGCUGAGGGUCCAAAUUUGGGCAACUUUGUUACUGAUCGUCCUUCGACAAAAGUGAAAUCCGCUCCUGGAGGAGAUUCAUCACUUGGGUACUUGUUUGGAGAUAAGUGAUGGUCAUAUUUUCUCCCAGCUAGUCAACAACUACUCUUUGAUCAUUAUAUAAAUAUAUAUAUAUAUAUAUAUAUAUAUAGAGAGAGAGAGAGAGAGAGAGAGAGAGAGAGAGAGAGAGAGAGAGAGAGAGAGUUUAAGCCCUUGAAGUUUACUAUUUGCUUAAACAUUAUUAGAAUAAGGGAAUUGAGUUCCCAUAUUAAUGAUUUGAUAGAAUUAAGUGUGUUUGUUUGUUUUUAUGGCCGGUUGUGAUAUGUUGAUUAUAUAUAUAUAUGCUAUAUAUAUAGGUUAUAUAUAUUCCUAUAUAUAUACAUGUUAAUUUGGUAUGCUAAUAAGUUUUUUCUUAUAAUUAAGCUCAAAAUCAGUGUGUAUACUUACAUCGAUCGAGUGUAGAAUGAUGGUGUAUAUGUUGAUUAAUCUUCUCUCUUUCAACCAAUAAUUUGGAAAAGGAAUUUCUUUUGCUA